GCUUAGCCACACACACACCAUGAAGUACCCUCUGGUGCCGCUGGUCAACGACCUCACAUUUUCUUUCCUGGUGUUCUGGCUCGGCCUGCCCGUGGCCCUGCUGUUGUUCUUGUUGAUCGUCUGGUUUCGCUUCUUGCUUAGCCAAGAUUCAGAGGAAAAUGACUCAGAUUUACGCUUUGAUUGGGAUCCCUGGAGCAGAGGCCCAGCUGAGUUUCGCUGGCACAGGACACUCCAUAGCCAAGAGGAAGAGAGACCUGGCCACUUGGUUUUCCUGGAGUCAGCUGUGCAGUGACAAAGGCCAAAGUGGAUGGGACAGGCUUGCUGGGGAGGAAAGAGGAUGUUGGCGAGUGAGGUGCUUCCCUGAGACACCUGCCUCGUCCCCUCCAGCAGUGGACACACAGCCUCCGGAGGCUCUCCAAGGCCCCUGGGGAGGAGCCCAAGUCUAUGAAGACGGUACAAGUAGUCACCCAGGGAGAAGUUGGCCAAAGGAACUGGGAGGAGGUCCUACAGCAGGGCCGGGCCACAGCGUGUGGGUCCCUGUUAAAGAACACGGGGGCUUCCUGAGCUCAGGGGGCCCAUGACGAACGUGCGGGGACUGACCAAGUCCAUUCAUUCAACAAGCCGUGGGGCCUGGGCCCCACCCGGCACUGACCUGAGCCAUCUGGACCCCAUUUGGGGACCCCCAACCCUUCUUCCCAUCUGUGCUGGGGGAUUCUGCUCUGAACUUCCAUUUUUUUCAUUUCAAGCUCACUCCUUGAUUAGCCUUCAGAUUGUUUUUAAUACCAUUGACUUUAUAAAUAUCUACAGUGUCUACCAUAUGCCUGGUUAUUUUAAGAAUAGUUCACAUUCAGUGAGCACAUACUGUGUCUCA